AUGAGUUAACCAGUAGCUUAUCACAGAUCACCCUGCCCAGGUAGAAUUUUCGAAGACUUGGGAGUAGGUUUCUCAAUUGGAGUAGCAGGAGGUUCAAUAUUUUACUUCUUCAAAGGUAGCUUUGGUAUGUGGGGUGGAGUCUUCUCAUCUAUGGAUUGCUUACUUAUUUAUUACAGAUAAAAGGAUGAUCCAUUUAACGCAAUUAUUGCUGGAUUCAUCACUGGAGGAGUCCUUGCUAUCAGAGGUGGAUUGAAUGUAGCUUUCAAGAAUGCCGUGAUUGGAGGAGUCUUUUUGGCUUUGAUCGAGGGAGUCUCUACAGUAGUGACAUCUAUUUCAAUGAGAAGAUAAUAUCAGAUGAUGGAGGAAAUGUAAAAAUAAGAAAUGGAGAGAAUAUAGAAGCAAAUGAGAAGAGGAGGUACCGAUCCCUGGGCAGUAGAUUACAAUGAAACAUUAGCCAAGCAAGCCCCUCCUGAGAAUGAAGUCCUAAUGGACAGAGCAAAAUCUUUCAGUUUUUGA